AUGCAAGUGUUGGGGUGGAGCUUCAAGAUGAACGAUUUAGCAGCUAAAGAGCUAACCAUAUCCCAACUUCCUAAGCUACCUCGAGUAGGAUCCAUAGAGAAUUCCAAACUUUUGACGGUGGGAUUGCCAGUUAUUGGCCUAGUUUUAGUGUUUACGUUGAUUUCCAUUGUCAUUUUUACCGUCAAGAGUAAGAGAAAAUUUUCUGAAGUACUUGAAGAUUGGGAACUAGACUAUGGACCUCACAGGUUCAAAUACAAAGAUCUUUAUAUUGCUACCAAGGGGUUUAGGGACAAAGAGCUUCUGGGUAUCGGGGGUUUCGGUAGGGUCUACAGAGGUGUAUUACCCACCUCCAAAAUCGAAGUUGCAGUGAAGAGAGUCUCUCAUGAAUCCAAACAAGGAUUGAGAGAAUUUGUUGCCGAGAUUGUAAGCAUGGGUCGGCUGCGGCACCGGAACUUAGUACAAUUCUUGGGAUAUUGUCGACGUAAAGGAGAGCUCUUAUUGGUCUAUGAUUACAUGCCCAAUGGAAGUCUAGACAAGUUCAUCUUCAACCAACCAAAGGCAAAACUGGAUUGGGGACAAAGGUUUCAAAUCAUCAAAGGAGUAGCGUCCGAGCUAUUUUAUUUGCACGAAGGAUGGGAGAAGGUGGUUGUUCACAGAGAUGUCAAGUCCAGCAAUGUCCUAUUAGAUAGUGAGUUUAAUGGAAAGUUGGGAGAUUUUGGACUCGCAAGACUAUACGACCAUGGAAUGGGUCCCAAAACUACUCAUGGAAUAGGUUACCUUGCACCAGAGCUGAUGAGGACCAGAAGGCCAUCAUCGAGCAUAGAUGUCUUCAGCUUCGGGGCUUUUAUGCUUGAAGUGGCUUGUGGGAGAAGACCUAUAGAGCUACAAACGACAACGGAAAAUGUAAUUUUGGUGGAUUGGGUGUUCUCAUGUUGGAGUAGAGGGACAAUUUUUGAGACAGUAGAUCCAAAUCUGGAUGGUAAUUAUGUAGCUGAGGAAGUUGAUUUGGUGUUGAAGCUUGGUCUGCUUUGCUCUCACUCAAUCCCGACUGCUAGGCCAACCAUGCGACAAAUCAUGCGGUUUUUAAGGGGAGAUGCCUGUCUACAAGAAUCGUUUUUGCAUGGUCUAACAUUUGCACAUGAUCAAGGAUUAAGCAACUUUGCAACGUUCCAGCCUUCUCUUCCAGGAAAGACAUCGACACAAGUAUCGUUAGGUGCAGAUUGCAUCCUCUCAACGGGCCGUUAA